GGACUCAGGGUAAGGUGGCCCCCACUGAAGACGCCUGCUAAGCAACCCACUGAAGACCCCUCCGAACCAUCGACGGGGCGUCCUUGGGGUGCAGCCCAGGAAGCUCAGUUCACAGCCUUGGGGCGCGCGGCCCAUGGAGUCGGGGCUGCUGCGGCCGGCGCCGGUGAGCGAGGUCAUCGUCCUGCAUUACAACUACACCGGCAAGCUCCGCGGUGCGCGCUACCAGCCGGGUGCGGGGCUGCGCGCCGACGCCGUGGUGUGCCUGGCGGUGUGCGCCUUCAUCGUGCUAGAGAAUCUGGCCGUGUUGUUAGUGCUCGGACGCCACCCGCGCUUCCACGCUCCCAUGUUCCUGCUCCUGGGCAGCCUCACGUUGUCGGAUCUGCUGGCAGGCGCCGCCUACGCGGCCAACAUCCUACUCUCGGGGCCGCUCACGCUGCGACUGUCGCCCGCGCUCUGGUUCGCACGGGAGGGAGGCGUCUUCGUGGCACUCACUGCGUCCGUGCUGAGCCUCCUGGCCAUCGCGCUGGAGCGCAGCCUCACCAUGGCGCGCAGGGGGCCUGCGCCCGUCUCCAGUCGGGGGCGCACGCUGGCGAUGGCAGCCGCGGCCUGGGGCGUGUCGCUGCUCCUCGGGCUCCUGCCAGCUCUGGGCUGGAAUUGCCUAGGUCGCCUGGACGCCUGCUCCACUGUCUUGCCGCUCUACGCCAAGGCCUACGUGCUAUUCUGCGUGCUCGCCUUCGUGGGCAUCCUGGCCGCGAUCUGUGCACUCUACGCGCGCAUCUACUGCCACGUACGCGCCAACGCGCGGCGCCUGCGGGCGCGGCCGGGGACUGCCGGGACCACCUUGACCCGGGCGCGUCGCAAGCCGCGCUCGCUGGCCUUGCUGCGCACGCUCAGCGUGGUGCUCCUGGCCUUUGUGGCAUGUUGGGGCCCCCUCUUCCUGCUGCUGUUGCUCGACGUGGCGUGCCCGGCGCGCACCUGUCCUGUACUCCUGCAGGCCGAUCCCUUCCUGGGACUGGCCAUGGCCAACUCACUUCUGAACCCCAUCAUCUACACGCUCACCAACAACGACCUGCGCCACGCGCUACUGCGCCUCGUCUGCUGCGGCCGCCACUCCUGCGGCAGAGACCCGGGUGGCUCCCAGCAGUCGGCGAGCGCUGCUGAGGCUUCCGGGGGCCUGCGCCGCUGCCUGCCCCCGGGCCUGGAUGGGAGCUUCAGCGGCUCGGAGCGCUCGUCGCCCCAGCGCGACAGGCUGGACACCAGCGGCUCCACAGGCAGCCCCGGUACACCCACAGCCGCCCGGACUCUGGUACCAGAAUCGGCUGCAGACUGACACCCUUGGCCCACGACUGUCCUCCCAAGUUUUACAGACUUGUUCUUUUUACAUAAAGGAAUUUGUAGGAAAUGCAGCCGAAGGUGCAGUCGGAAAAGAUACAGGGGAAAUGUAUUUAUGGAGCGACACCCCACAACGUGAACAAACAGACAAAAAAUCUGUGCCCUCGAGGAACUGACGUUCUGCUUGGGAACACAGAAAAGAACUCGGUGACGAAAUAAUGGAGAUGAUUCCAGUGCCACACGACAGAGAUGGCGAUGGUGGUCAGGGAAGGCCUCUUUGCAGAGGUAGUGACUUGUGAUGUGAGUUGAGACCUCUGUCCUGGGAAGACCAAAAGAAAAAGCAUUUCAGGAUGAGGGAAUGGCAUGCGCAAAGGCCCUGAGGCUGAAAUGUGCCCAUGUGUUCUAAGAAAUGCAGGGAUGCCGGUGUGCCUGGAGCAGGGAUGGUGGGGGAGAAUGGGAGGAGACAAGGAGCUGAAGGAGUAGUUCCCGAAGGACCUUGUGGGUGAUAUAGAGGACUUCGCUUUUGCUCUGAGUGAGGUGGGAGCCAUAGAAUGUUCUAAGCAGAGGAGGGACUUGCCCUAAUUCAGGUGACCACAGGUUUCUUGUGGCCUCCAUGGGAGAUUGAAAGCCAGAGAAGGUGAAGGGGGGCUGCACUGAGCCACAGGAACAAUGUUGGAGAUUCCAGUUAAGCCCAGACCCCAUGGAUUCUAGAUAGAUUUUGGAGGCAGCAGACAGAAUUUUUUUUUUUUUUUUUUUUUUUUUGAGACGGAGUCUCGCUCUGUCGCCCAGGCUGGAGUGCAGUGGCGCAAUCUCGGCUCACUGCAAGCUCCACCUCCCGGGUUCACGCCAUUCUCCUGCCUCAGCCUCUCCGAGUAGCUGGGACUACAGGUGCCCACCACUGCGCCCGGCUAAUUUUUUGUAUUUUUAGUAGAGACGGGGUUUCACCGUGGUCUCGAUCUCCUGACCUCGUGAUCCGCCCGCCUCGGCCUCCCAAAGUGCUGGGAUUACAAGCGUGAGCCACCGCGCCCGGCGGCAGCAGACAGAAUUACUGAGGAAUUGAGUGUAAGAGUAGAAUAAAGUUGUCAAGGACAAUGCCAAGGGUGGGGCACCCCCAAAUUUGACUCUGGGAGACUCAGCCAAAUCCUAUCUGGUAACAAAAUUUCUUUUUUAUUUUUCUUUUCUUUCUUUUUUUUUUUUUUUAGUUGGGAUCUUGUGCUCUGUCACCCAGGCUGGAGUGCAGUGGGCACAAUUAUAGCUCACUCUAGCCUGGAACUCCUAGGAUCAAGCCUGGAGUUCCUGCUUCAGCCUCCCUAGUAGCUGGGACUACAGGCAUGCACCACCAUGCCCAGUUAAUAAAAUUUCUUCAAAUGCAGUUUCAGUUCCUUCAUUAAAAGAAAUAUAAUAAUAGGCUGGGUGCUGUGACUCACGCCUCUAACCCCAGCACUUUGGGAGGCAGAGGUGGGCAGAUCACCUGAUGUCAGGAGUUUGAGACCAGUUUGGCCAACAUGGUGAAACCCCAUCUCUACUAAAAAUACAAAAAUUAGCCAAGUGUGAUGGCUCAUGCCUAUAGUUCCAACUACUUGGGAGGCUGCGGCAGGAGAAUCCCUUGAAACUGGGAAGUGGAGGUUGCAAAGAGCUGCACUCCAGCCUGGGCAACAAAGUGAGACUCGGUCUAAAAAGAAAAAAAAAGUAUAACAAAAUAAGGCCAGACACAGUGGCUCAUGCCUGUAACCUCCAUGCUUUGGGAGGCUGAGGCAGAAGGAUCGAUCGAUGGAGGCUGGGAGUUUGAGACCAGCCUGGGCAACAUAGUGAAACCACAUCUCUACAAAAAAGUUUAAAAAUUAGGCAGUUGUGGUUACGCAUGCCUAUAGUCACAGCUACUGGGGAGGCUGAAGAAGUAGGAUUUCCAGAACCCAGGAGCUCAGGGCUGCAGUGAGCUAUUUUUGCAUAACUGAACUCCAGCCUGUGUGACGAAAUCAUGUCUUUUAGGAAAACGUAAGAGGUUUUUUGGUUUCUCUCUUUUUUUUUUUGAGAUGGAGUCUCACUCUGUCACCCAGACUGGAGUGCAGUGGCGCGAUUUCAGCUCACUGCAAGCUCCACCUCCCAGGUUCAUGCCAUUUUCCUGCCUCAGCUUCCCAAGUAGCUGGGACUACAGGUGCCCGCCACCAAGCAUGGCUAAUUUUUUUGUAUUUUUAGUAGAGAUGGGGUUUCACAGUGUUAGCCAGGAUGGUCUUGAUCUCCUGACCUCAUGAUCCGCCCACCUCGGCCUCCCAAAGUGCUGGGAUUACAGGUGUGAGCCACUGCGCCUGGCCUUUUUUUUUUUUUUUUUUUUUGAGAUGAAGUCUCGCUCUGUCACCCAGGCUGGAGUGCAUUGCUGCAAUCUUGGCUCACUACCACCUCUGCCUCCUGGGUUCAAACGAUUCUCCUGCCUCAGCCUCCCGAGUAGCUGAGAUUACAGGCACCGCCACCACACCCGGCUAAUUUUUGUAUUUUUAGUAGAGAUGGGGUUUCACAUAUUGAUCAGGCUGGUCUUAAACUCCUGACCUCGUGAUCUGCCCGCCUCGGCCUCCCAAAGUGCUGGGAUUACAGGCGGAGCCACUGCGCCUGGCCAUUUUUUGGUUUCUUUUUGAGAUAGGAUCCUGCUCUGUCGCCCAGCCUGGAGUACACUGGCAUAAUCACAGUUCACUGCAGCCUCAACCUCCUGAGCUCAAAUGAUCCUCUUGCCUCAGCCUCCAACCCGAGUAGCUGGGGCUACUGGAGCACCACACCAAACAUGUUUUGAAUUUUUUUUUAGAGAUGAUUUCUCACCAUGUUACCUAGGCUGGUCUCAAACUCCCGGGCUCAAGCAACCCUCCUUGGCCUCCCAAAGUGCUGGGAUACAGGCCGGGCACGGUGACUCACACUUGUAAUCCCAGCACUUUGGGAGACCGAGGCAGGCUGAUCUCUAGAGGUCAGGAGCUCGAGACCAGGCUGGCCAACAUGGUGAAACUCCGCCUCUACUAAAAAUACAAAAAAUUAGCCGGGCAUGGUGCCGCGUGCCUGUAGUCCCAGGUACUCGGGAGGCUGAGGAGGGAGAAUCACUUGAACCCGGGAGGCUGGAGGUUGCAGUAAGUUGAGAUCGCGCCACUGCACUCCAGCCUGGGCAACAGAGCAAGACUCCGUCUCAGAAAACAAAAUAAUAACAACAACAAUAAAAACGAAGUACUGGGAUACAGGUGAGAGCCUCCACACCCGGCCUAAAAUAAGAGUUCAUUUUGCCUGGCUAGUUCUCUGCACAGUUCUGGGACACACCUAUUUUUCAGCCUUAUAGCAACUUUGCAAGGUAGGUUUCCUAAUCCCCAUUAGACAGAUGAGGAAAUUCCAGACAGUGAGUACCUUGUCUCAGUGUCUGAGCCAGGACAUUAGUCUAAGCUUCAGGCCCCAGGAGGCACUGGCUUGGUAUCUGACCCCUCCAGAUGGGUCUGGUAAGGCUAGGCCAACAGUCCCUCCCAUGGGGGUCUGCAUUCGUGGUUGGAACGAUGCCAGGGCGCCGUUUGUGCCUAUAAAAGGCUCCAGACGUGCUGGCCCCGGCCCCCAGCAUGUCCCCAGGCGCAUUCUUGACCCCUGAACGGCUGGAUGGGCCCCGGGGCCGGGUUGGGGGGCGUCUGGCUUCGGGUUCAGACUGCAGCGCUCCACCUUCCGGGAAACCUUGGAACUGCAGGCAACCGCAAAAAAAGCGGUGUUUUGGGGACAGGUGUCCCAGACUGGGGGGAACCCAAGUCCCUUCUGGCCACGCUCAGAGUGCCCCUGGAGACCACAUACAUGGGAAACCAACCAGUUGGAACACAGGCACACUCGCCUAUGAGUUUUCUACAAAAUUUAAAAAGCACCCAGUUCGGCCAGGCGCAGUGGACUCAUACCUGUAAUCCCAGCACUUUGGGAGGCCGAAGCCGGCGCAUCACCUGAGGUCAGGAGUUUGAGACCAGUCUGGCCAUCAUGGGGAAACCCUGUCUCUACUUAAAAUACAAAAUUAGCCGGGCAUGGUGGCGUGCACCCGUAAUCCCAGCCACUUGGGAGGCUGAGGCAGGAGAAUCACUUGAACCCAGGAGGCAGAGGUUGCAGUGAGCCAAGAUCAUGCCAUUGCUCUUCAGCCUGGGCAACAAGAGCGAAACUCCAUCUCAAGAAAAAAAAAAAAAAAAAGCACGCAGUUCCCCUUCCUUGUGGCGAUCACAGUGGGACUCCUGGGGACCUUCCAGAGCUAGUCUGUGGAUUCACCUUGCCAAAAUGAAAUGUAAAUACACCUCCUGUCUUUUUGCACAAAUUUGUCACUGUUCUGCAUGUUGCUUUGUUGACUUAAUAGUAUAUCUUGGCCAGGCAUGUUGGCUCAUGCCUGUAAUCCUAGCAUUUUGGGGAGCUGAGCCAGAAGGAUCAUUUGAGCCCAGUAGUUGGAGACGGGCCCACACAACAUAGGGAGACCCAGUCUCUAGAAAUGAUUCAAAGAUCACCCGGGUGGGCUGGGCAUGGUGGCUCAUGCCUGUAAUCCCAGCACUUUGGGAGGCCGAGGAGGGAGGAUUACUUGAGGCCAGGAGUUAGAGACCAGCCUAGCCAACAUGGUGAAACCCCGUCUCUACUAAAAAUGCAAAAAAUAGCCGGGCCUCGUGGCAGGUUCUUGUAAUCCCAGCUACUCAGGAGGCUGAGGCAUGAGAAUUGCUUGAACCCGGGAGGCAGAGGUUGCAGGUAGCCGAGAUUAUGCCACUGCACUCCAAUCUGAGUAACAGAGUGAGACACUAUCUAAAAAAAAAAAAAAAAACACCCGGGCAUAGUGGCAAAUGCCUAUGGUCCCAGACACUGGGGAGGCUGGAGUGGGAGGAUCGCCUGAGCCUGGGAGGUCGAGGCUGCAGUGAGCUAUGAUUGCACAAUUGCACUCCAGCCUGGGUGAUACAGCAAGAUCUGUCUAAAAAUUUUUUUAAAAAAAGGUAUCUUGCAAAAUAUUGCACACCCACACAUUUUCUUGUUUGUUUGUUUUUUGAGACAGGGUCUUGCUGUGUUGCCCAGGCUGGAGUGCAUUGGCACAAUUACAGCCCACUGCAGCCUCCACCUCUUAGGCUCAAGCAAUACUCUUCCUGCCUUAGCCUCCCGUGUAGUAGCUGGGACCACAUGUCCCCAUACCACACCUGGCUCACAACCACAGAGUUCAAAACCACAACACAGCUCACAACCACACACAGCUAAUCUUUUUUUUUUUGAGGCUGGUCUCAACCUCCUGAGCUCAAGUGAUCCACCUGCCUCAGCCUCCCAAGUGCUGGGAUUACAGACAUGAGCCACAGUGCCUGGCAAUACCCACACAUUUUGUAAUGUCUUGCUCUUAGUCAGCUUGGACUGCAUAACAAAUGCCAUAGAUAGGGUGGCUUAAGUCCCAAUAAUUACUUUUGCAUCGUUCUGGAGGGUAGGAAGUCCAAUAUCAGAAUGCCAGCCUGGGGCUGGACACUGUGGCUCACACCUAUAAUCCCAGCACUUUGGGAGGCCCAGGCAGGUGGAUCACCUGAGGUCAGGAGUUUGAGACCAGCCUGGCCAACAUGGUGAAACACCUGUCUCUACCAAAAAUACAAAAAAAAAUUAGCUAGGCGUGGUGGCAGGUGCCUGUAAUCCCAGCUACUGGGGAGGCUAAGGCAGGAGAACCGCUUGAACCCAGAAGGUGGAGGUUGCAGUGAGCUGAGAUCGUGACAUUGCACUUCAGCCUGGAUGACAGAACAAGACUCUGUCUCAAAAAAAAAAAAAAAAAAAAAGCCAGGUAUGGUGGCUCACCCCUAUAAUCUCAGCACUGAGGCCGAAGCGGGUGGAUCACGAGGUCAGGAGUCUGAGAUCAGCCUGGCCAACAUGGUGAAAUCCCGUUGCUACUAAAGAUACAAAAAAUUACCUGGGCGUGGCGGCAUGCGCAUGUAAUCCCAGCUACUAGGGAGGCUGGGGUAGAAGAAUCGCUUGAACCCAGGAGGCAGAAGUUGCAGUGAGCAGAGAUUGCAUCACUGCACUCCAGCCUGGGCGACAGGGCGAGACGUGGUCUCAAAAAAAGAGAAUGUCAGCAUGAUUGUGUUCUAGUGAGGACUCUGUUCUGAGCUUGCAGACAGUCGCUUUCUCACUGUGUUCCCACAUGUUGGGGAAAGAAACAGAGAGCAGGUUGGGCGAGGUAGCUCGCGACUAUAAUCCCAACACUUUGGGAGACUGAGGCAGGUGGAUCAACUGAGGCCAGGAGUUCGAGACCAGCCUGGCCAACAUGGUGAAACCCUGUCUCUACUAAAAAUACAAAAAUCAGCUGGGUGUGGUGGCACACAUCUGUGAUUCCAGCUACUCAGGAGGCUGAGGCAGCAGAAUUGCUUGAACCCGUAAGGUGGAGGUUGUAGUGAGCGGAGAUGGCACCACUGCACUCCAGCCUGUCUCAAAAAAAAAAAAAAAAAAAGAAAAAAAAAAAGAAAAAAGAAAACAGAAA